AUGAAUUUCAGAAACACUUCGCAAGGUGCAUCGAUGGCGUUCAACUCGAAGCCGCCGUCCAACGGGUUCCUACCCUACGGCGGAUACGCCGGGUACGGUGGAAGACCCGGUGGCCCCACCGGGCACUCGCACGUGGGAGGCGGCAUGGCCCCCGGUAGUCGUACCGCGGUCGGCGGUGGCCCACCGGGCAGCUCCUCCAGUACCGUCACACCGGGCUCCACAAACAGCUCCUGCGUGCUCUACCUCGGAGCCAUCCCCUAUAACUGGGAUGUCGAGGUCAUCAAGAGCGUCGUCUGUGGCUCGGGCCCCGUCGUUGACGUCCGCUGCAUGAUGGACAACGCGUCCAAAAACAAGGGAUUCUGCUUUGUGGAGUACUCCUCGGCCGAGGCAGCAUCAAAGGCUCUCUCGGUACUCUCGCGGAUCAAGAUCGAGGGCCGCAAGAAGCUGCGAAUCGAGCUCUCAAAGGAGGGCCUCCGGAACCCGGUGCCGGGCCAGAAACCGGAGUUGCAUCUCAGCCGGAAUUUCCUGCCUUCAAACGUGAUUAUCCCCCGCGAGAUGCUGCUGCAGGCACCGGAUACAGAUCUCAAUGCCGGGAUCUCGAGCAUGGGUUCGGGACUCCCGGGGUCCAAGAGCACGAGUGCGUCGUCAGCCGAGAUUGCAUCCAUUAUGGCGUCCAGCAAGCAGGUGAAGAAGAUGGUUGGCCAGAUGAUCGCCAACGGCAUGGACAUGAACCAGAUCGCGUCUGUGGUGCGUCAGCUGGCCAGCGGGGGAGGGCCUGGUGCGGGUGAGCCGCCGCAGAUCCCAGCAGCCCCGGUGGACGGUUCGGUCGCCCCGGACGAGUCCCGUGGCCCCCGCGGCCCUCGGCAGUCGCACCAGGACCAGCUUGCCACGCUCUCCAUGGCCUCCCGGUACCUGCCGGUGCCCCAGCAGGCGGCCGCCGCCCCGGGCCAGCUAGGCAACCCCGGCAACCCGGGCAACCCGGACCCCCAGGCCAUCUACGCCAAGGACAAAGUGUCGCAGACACUCGCCGCCAUCCCGCCCAACGUGCUCAUCGAGCUGCUGGCCAAGUUGAAGCUUGUUUUGAGCGGCCCCACGCCCAACUACCAGCAGGCCGCCGCGAUCUUGCACGACAACCCCAAGCUGGCUGCUGCUGCUGCCCAGUCCUUGCUUCUUAUGGGGAUCAUUGAUCUGAAUGUGAUCAACGAGACAUUAGCUGGGCGGACCGUUGGAAAUGUUGGUAAUGCUAAUGUUGGUAAUUCCAAUGUUGGUAAUGCUAAUGUGGCUAAUGUGGCUAAUGUUGCUAAUGUUGGUACUGUUGGCAAUGCUACUGUUGGCAAUGUUGCUAAUGCUAAUGUUGGCAAUACUAAUAAUUCCAAUGUUGCUAAUGCCAUUAAUGCUAAUGCAAAUCCAAACCCCCCUUACUCCCAACUCACUGCCCACCCAGACUGGCUCUCCUUGCCACAGCAUACCGUCAACAAGUUGAUGGCAAUCAGCGACCAAGAGGCAAACUUGAUCGUCCAGGUGCUCAAGUUGUCCCCCCAGCAAAUCGCAAACUUGCCGGACAACGAACGCAAUAUGGCAAACCAGAUCAGAUCCCAGUACUUGUGA